ACACUCUUACUUUUUCCUCCUACAUUCCAAGAUAUUCAGUAUAUUGAUAACAAAGUUCUAUUAGGUGUUAUGAAGCAGAACUAAAGCAUGAAGAGAGAGAACGGCAUCCUAUUAACCAGAGGGAGAAACACACCCUUUAUCCUGUGGAAAUUACUGAAGUACCCACUGAUACAAAGGACAAAGAUGAGAUUCUUGAGAGUGAAUUCUUUGACACUAGGCAGGCUUUUCUGAGUCUCUGCCAGGGAAAUCAUUAUCAGUAUGAUACUCUAAGGCGGGCCAAGCAUUCCUCUAUGAUGGUUCUCUAUCAUCUUCAUAAUCCAACUGCUCCUGCAUUUGUUACUACAUGUUAUAUUUGCCGUCUUGACAUAGAAACAGGUCAAGGUUGGCGAUGUGAGGUUUGCCCUGAAUAUGAUGUGUGCAAUGCUUGUUAUCAAAAGGAAGGUGGCACUGAUCAUCCUCAUAAAUUGACAAAUCACCCGUCAAUGGCAGAUCGUGAUGCUCAAAACAAGGAAGCAAGGCAACUUCGAGUAUUGCAGUUACGAAAAAUGCUUGAUCUUCUUGUCCAUGCAUCCCAAUGUCGUUCUGCCCAUUGCCAAUAUCCCAAUUGUCGCAAGGUGAAGGGGCUUUUCCGUCAUGGGAUGCAUUGCAAAACACGUGCCUCUGGAGGUUGUGUUCUAUGCAAGAAAAUGUGGUAUUUGCUUCAACUCCAUGCUCGUGCUUGCAAGGAAUCUGAAUGCCAUGUACCCCGUUGCAGAGAUUUAAAAGAACACUUGAGGAGGCUGCAGCAACAGUCUGAUUCACGGCGAAGAGCUGCUGUAAUGGAGAUGAUGAGGCAGAGAGCUGAAGAAGUUGCCAACAAUUCUGGAUGAGCUUUUGGGACAUGUACAUAUGGGACAUUUUGUAGGCAAAUUAUUUUCCGUGCGUCAGACAUUACUGCAAACCAUAAUCUGACAAGCUGUGCGUGGAUGAUUUGUAUAAUUGGAAUAUAUAGCCUCUUGGAGAUUCGCUGGUCUAUAUGCAUGACCUGAUUUUCCCCAUGAGGAUCUUUGGGUUCAGCCAACUAGUGAUACCCUGACUAACCAGGUCCAGCUGUGAUUCUUUGAUAUUGUAAGCAUCUCCUUUUAUCUCUAAUGGUCAUUCCGUGCCAAAUGUACCAUAGUCCUAAUUCGUCAAAACUAUCCAACGUUUCUUUUUUCUUUUUGGACGGGGUGGAGGAGGUUGUCAAGUCGCAUUUUUGUCCUCUUCCCCAAUGAUUGGCAUUU